UAAAAACCGGUAAAUAAGCUCAUUGAAAACAUCGUUAAAUGCAGUGGAUCUGCUAAUCGAUCACGACAGCAGCAACACAGUAACAGACGGGGAAGACUUCACCUGCCUCGACAAUGGAGCAAGCAGCUUAACACUAGAUCUUGGGGGCGUUUUUACCGUCUCCUACAUAAGGCUAGUUUACAUAUACGGUACGAUUCUUCUCAAAGGAAAAACACAAGAUGUUCAAAUCGAGUACCAGACGAUGACCUCCCCUUUCACCUGCCCUAAUGCUAAAACAUAUACAGAAGAUAAUAUUCAGGACAUUUACUGUGAUCACAACCAAUUGGCGAAGGCUUUAGUUCUUAAGGGUCCCGGCGUUUCAUCUCUGUGUUCUGUGUAUUUCAGUGGAGGACGUAAUCUUGCAUUGAAACAAAAAGCAGUUCUGACACCUGAUUCUACAAAUGCUGACAAUACUGUAGAUGGGAACUGGUGGAAUUGUGAACAUCUUCAAACCAGUAUCACUAAAGAUACUCCAUUCAUUGAAAUUAGCUUUCACAAAACUGUAUCAAUCUCUCGCUUUAGACUGCACAAUCGUGUUUACGGCGAAGAUGUGAAGUCCUCGGGAGUUGUGAUAGAUGCAUUUGAUGAGCAAUCAACACGCCUACUUCACUACACAAAUGAAAGCACCAUGCAAUUGGAAUUCAAUUUGAAUAUUGAAAAGCUAAACAGGGUAUCAAAAGUCAAAAUAACUAACCCAAAUACUAAAUCAAGUUCGUUUUCUGAUUUCGUCGAUAACAUAUGCGAAAUUCAAAUAUUUGGAGACUGUAUCGAUGGAUCGUGGGGAUUGGACUGUGAAAACAAAUGCGACAAAAAAUGUGGCAACGUUUGUCAUAAGGAGACGGGCAAAUGUUAACGUUUAGAUGAUUUAAGCAUGUAAUGCUUUCAAUUUUGUCGUAUUCAGCAUUACCCUGAUGCUUUCUAAUAGAUUUAUGCUUUUAAUUAUUUAUG